CGAGACAAUCCAGUGUUUCAAAAUAAACAUUGGUCGAGAUUCGGGAGGAUUUAGGAUUGCGUCAACUGAUUUCCUAUAUAGAGAUUCCUUGAUCAGCCACGCCUGCCUCAUUGGACGAGGAUUCAGGGAAUCAUGGGAAACUGGCCUUCUGUCCUCUCAGAUGAGGGUAGUGAUGUCCACAGCGAGAGCGACGUGAGAAGUGACAAUGAGAGCGACAGUUGGACUUCCUGUGAUCAGAAAGAAGAAGAAUUUUGCUCAUCAGACAAGAGCUUCUUUUCUGAGGAUGAACUCCUCCCGGUCGUUGACACCGAUGAAGAUGAUGAUGCUGCUCCCCUUGGUGAACUGUUGAAUACCGGUACUCCUACUAUCCUGUCUGUUGGAGAAGAUGGAGAGUUUGCAACUGACAAUAUUGAUCGCUAUGAUCCAGCUUCUGAGUACCAUUCCCCUUAUUUACGCGAAGAUGUCUGUGCAAGGUUUUUAAAUCAUGACUCGGCCCAAGAUAGAGAAAUCCCAUAUAGCAGCACUGAUGAUAAUGAUGAGGAGGACAACGAUGUCGAGGAGGAGGAUGACGUCGAUGAGGAGGAUGGCCAAGAUUAUCACAAGACAAAGAUAGCCCUCUUUCCUGAAAUGAAGGAUGAUAAUGAUGAUGAUUUCUCAAGCAUUCCGCUACCCCCUCCCUCAUCGCCAUAUGAAGCAACAUCACUUGAGCAGAUACAAGGGGUUACGGCUUGCCGAAUCGCUGACCAACGAGAGACUGUCGUCAAGGAAACGGUCGUUCCUUCUGUGAGAGAAGAAUACCCUGCCCCUGGAAGUGUUGUUGCAUGGGAAAUAGAUGUCAGUGACAUGGCAGGAACCAAAAAGGCUUCCAAGAAGAGAGCACCAAAAAAACUUUCUAAGGUGAAAUCCAAGAGUAAUCCAUCUGCAGAGAGUGUGUACAUCCCACCGACUGUAUCAACAACUUCUGAACUACUGGCUCAGAGAAAAUGGUUGGACCAAAAGAGAUGGUUUUGUAUGAGCAGACCACAGUACAGCAAAUCCUGUGGUCUUUCAUCUUUGGUGUCCUGUUGGAACUACCUGUUCAGUACCCUAGGAGGGGGUACCAUGCCCCCCAUCACACAGGAGCAGGCCCUUGUCGUCCUGGGCUUUCAACCUCCGUUUGGAGAGAUCCGCUUUGGGCCUUUCACCGGCAAUGCCACACUCAUGAGAUGGUUUAAGAAGUUGAAUGAUCAUUAUGGUGUGCGUGGAAGAGCCUACAUCCAAUACAAACCACAUGGAAGGGGUAGAACACUAGGAAGGACUUCAGAUGAAGGACUACAUCUAUUACAACAAGGGUUAAAGGAUCCCAACAUGGCCUUUAUAUACCACUGUCAUAAUCACUAUUUCUGUCCUAUUGGAUAUGAAGACGUGCCUUUGAAGGCUGUAGAUGCAUACAGGGACCCUUUACGGUCCGAUGAGGUUGAAACUUGGAUACUAAUUGGUGAUCCAAGUAGAAAACACCCAGGAAUACACUGUUUCAAGUGGGAAGAUAUCAGCACAGAUUUAAAUUGCCAGAGUCCUGACUAUCUCAACAUCCGCAAGCUGCAUCUUGGUGUCCAGCAACGGAGAACAAAGAGAACCGGAGGCAAUCUUCACUGCAUCAUGGCCUUUUGUCGAAGUGCUGGCUUCCUGACCAGGCCUGUCAAGAGCAAGAAAGGUGGAGCAUCACAGGACACUUCCAGGAAAAGCAAGAGCAAUGACGAGGCCAGGUUUGUAGCAAUGCCAGGACGUAAGGUUGGCCAGAGUAAGAGUGAGGAGGUGAUGCGAAGCGAAACUAUAGGAGGGAACGUGUCUUGUUCACAGAAAGGGAAAGCUGACGGUAGCGAUGUCAGCAAGCACGUUUCUUCCGACAUUGCAGGUCGUGUAUGUAGCAGUGAAGUUGAAAGUCAUAGAUCAGAAGUCAUUGGAAGGACUCAAAGAAAAGGUAAGGUUGGAAGGCAAGGGGCAAAGGCUUCAGAUGUGAAGCAAGAGGAGAUCAAUAUGAAGAGUUCUGAUUCAAACAAAGUUUUUCGAAACAAGAAAUCAAAGAAACAGAAGACAAACAAGGGCCUUUCCGCAAAAAGAAGUGAAUCCAAUCCCCCAUGCCUCUUUGAUGAAGAGAUCAGUGAAGAUCAGAUUGACCUUACAUUGCCAGUAGCUACAGAAGACACUGGUUUGGGUCAUAGGCAAGCUCUCAAUGAAGAGAUGAAUGAAGUGGACAGGUUCAUCAAAAACAUGUCCACUCGUUUCAAUCAAAGCCUGAGUCCAAGUGACCAUGCAAAUGUAGCAGCACUGAAGGAAGUCAUGAGUAAGUCAGAGUACACCCGAAGGGUCGACACCCAAGAUGAUUGGGUGAUGCUGGGACAGACUAAUCAACAAGGAAAGGACACCAACCUCUUGACAUCACCAGGUGAAACUGUCAUGGGGUUGUCCAACUUCAGAGGCAUGGGUGUAGAUGAUGAUGACCUUGUAAAUGUUGAUGAUCUGCAAGGUGAACAUGAGUCAGAUGGUCAGGUUUCCGAGCUGGCCAAACAUUUAAUCGACCAGUAUCUGGUGUCCAUCAUCGAUUCCAUCGACAAACAGAAAUGUCACUUAUCAUGCAAUGCAGGUGACAACUAAGGAACCUGAAAUAAGUGCCCUUUAUUAUUUUCCCAAUUUGUGCUACAUGUACAUUAUAGAACUGUCCCACAUAGAAAAUUGGCCUUACCCAAAGAAUAUUGAAAUUUUAGAUCCUGCUGAAUAAAAUUAUGUUAGAUUGUUGUCCCUAAAUUUACUCUUAGUCUAAGUACCCACCCUAAUAGUUUAGUCCAUAUUUUCUGUUAUUGUCUCACCUGAGCAAAGUUCAGUAGUUUGGGAGAGACCUUGUGAUCACUCUUCCUGUUGGUCUGUUAGUCUAUUUAAAAAAUGUUCAAGUUUUUGUUCAACUUGCACUCAUUUCUUAAUUCUGCAUCAGUUUAUACCUGGUACAAUGAUCCUUGGGUAAUACCAUAUGUGUGUACAUGAGGAUAAGGUCGAAGGUCAUCUAGGGGUCAAAAGAUCGUAUUGCCUACUUUUAUUGAUCUCAAAAUCAGACGAGGCUUGUUCUCGAGCCACCUUG